UGGUUGUUUAGGCCUUAUGAUGGAAAAUGGAGUAAAACAAUGGUGGGCUAUGGACCAGAAGACAAUCACUUUGUGGCAGAAUUGACUUACAAUUAUGGAAUUGGAGAGUAUCGACUGGGCAAUGACUUUCUGGGCCUGACGUUGGUGUCCAGCCGGGCUGUGAGCAACGCCAAGAGGCUGGGAUGGCCCCUCAGUGAAGUUGCCUCUGGAAUAUUUGAAACGGAAGCCCCAGGAGGAUACAAGUUCUACCUCGAAGACAAGGAACAACUAAAGCAAGAUCCUGUGCUAAAAGUAACUUUGGGUGUCUCUGACCUGCAGAAGUCUAUUAACUACUGGUCUAAUUUGCUUGGGAUGAAAAUAUAUGAGAAGGAUGAGGAAAAGCAAAGGGUUUUGCUGGGCUAUGCAGAUAACCAGUGUAAGCUGGAGUUGAAGCAAGUUGGAGGAGCGGUGGAUCACGGCACGGCGUUUGGGCGGAUUGCCUUUUCCUGCCCAAAGGAGGAGUUGCCUAACAUUGAAGCACUGAUGAAAAAGGAGAAUCAGAAAAUUUUAACACCUCUGGUUAGCUUGGACACACCUGGCAAAGCCACAGUACAAGUGAUUAUUUUGGCAGAUCCUGAUGGCCAUGAAAUCUGCUUUGUAGGAGAUGAAGCAUUUCGAGAUCUGUCCAAGGUGGAUCCAAAUGGUGACAAAUUGUUAGAUGAGGCCGUGGCUGCAGACAAGAGUGACAAAUGGUUUGCUGAGAAAAACAUGAAGAAAGCUUCUGCUUAGGUGGAGAAAAGUCCCGUCUGAUCAUUGAUGCCUUGAUUUCCGCCCGAGGGAAUGUCUGUGAUACGUACCGUGUCGUGUCAGCCCUCUCGGCCAGAGGCUGGUGCCACGUCGCGUGCUGGAUGGGGGUCUGAGCUUGUUUUCUUUAAUGCUAAUGUCUCCUUUUGGGUAAAUGCCACCCACUCCUUCAAACACAGGUGAAAAAAAUGGGCUGUCCAGUAAGGAAUAGAGCCAAGUGUUAACAGGUGAAGAAACUCUUAAGUUUCUCUGUUCGUGUCAUGCUUGAGAAAGAGUGCAGAGCUUUCUAUCCAGCUCUGCUCCAGCUCGGCUGCAGUUGUUCCUGGGCUGAGCAGCUCUCCUCACUUAGGCUCUGCYGUGGUCCAUAGAGAAUAACAACU